AAAAUCCUUUCUUAAAAAAGACAUUUCGAUAUCGAAAUCUGAAGCCUCUAUUCGUUGCUAUGGUUUUGUUUAUUCGUUGCCAUGCAGGCUUGCGACGUAUCGUCGGUGUCGAAUGUGGAGCCUUUGUUACCAUGGUCGUUGCCAUGGUCAUGGUUUUGUUUAUUCGUUGCCAUGAACAUCGUCAGUUGCCGCCAAGCACGCGAAGAAAGUGGUGGAAUCAAGAAAAGACAAAAUGACGACAUCAACGACUAACGAAUUUACGGCGACGACAGAAGAAUUCACAAGCAAUGAAGAAAUGGAUGAAUUCAUCGCGGGAGACGAAACCAUCUACUUCACUGGAUAUAUUGAUAGUAUUGAAGGCUCUAAACUGGUUGACAAAGGUGUUAAGAAAGUUUUAUACAAGUUCGUGGUGAACAACGGCAAAGGAAGGAAAAUGCGGGUAUUAAUGUGGGAAGAGGUAGCGAAUAAGUACGAAGCUUCAUUGCGUUGCAAAGAUAUAAUAAGAAUUUGGAACGGAAAAGAAUUUGGAACGAAAAAUUUGCUACGGAAAAGCUAGACAGGAUCCAUCCACUGGCGAGACACCUUUCGUUGGUGGCUGGAAAAUUAUUAGGACGGCAUAUUUGAAAAGAGGAUUGCCAGGUUAGGCGGCGGAUAUCAUGGCAAGCUCCAUCGCCACUUCAACAUUAAAAAAAUACGAAUGUAGUUUGAAACGUUGGUGGGAUUUUACUCAAUCGAAUAAGUUAGAUAUUUUUCUACCCCAAACAACGGAUAUAAUUACAUUUCUAAACCAUCGCUAUGAAGAAGGAGCAAGCUACACUACAUUGAAUACUGCGCGUUCAGCAAUAUCUUUAAUAUCAUCACGCGAUAUCCUGUGAGGAACCAGUAUAUGAAUAAGUAGACAAGUAAAAAAUUCAUACGUGGCUUGUAACGGUAGACCCGUUUCAAACACCCCCCGCCACCGCCCUUCUCGCAACAGUGUCGCCAUCUCCCAAGGAAACCUGUAAUGAGAAAAGAAAAUUUAGAAAAUAAAGAAAAACUAAAAGAUAUUUCGAGCACCGGGUUCAUUAUUUGGGUAACAGAGGGAAUUUAUUCUCGGAAACCAAUAGAAGGUGGGAAACAAAUAAGUAGAAGAAGGAAAAGAAACUCUGCCCUCCUCUGUCUCCGAUAGGCCGUACCCUUUUCGUCACAGCCUUGUGAAAUUAACUACCAAAAGGAUCCCUACGCCAACCGCGAUUCGGGAAGAUCAAUUGGUAAGAUAACUUUCUUACAAGGUCAAUGACGAAACAGGAGAGGCCAGAGAGCAGCAGAAUCAAUAGGGCUAUGUAAGGGACGAUAGGCAUUCAGACAAACUUACCAAGCAUUCCGCUGCGGAGAAAUCAGGCCAGAUUUAGAAAUUUGUAAUUCGAAAAGAUUGAUCCUCGCCUUCAGCCUCCGAACAGCAGCUCUUUCGGGAUAAACCUGUCAGGGGAUUUCAGAACAAUUAAUAUGAGAAAUGGGGCAACGGAAUAACCCAACGGGAAAAAAAUAAUAAUCGGGAGUACCAAAGGGGAAAGAGAUUGCUAUUGGGAGUAACGUGGGGGCAAAGGGGAUAAGAAAUUUAAGGCGGGACGUCAAACCCAGAAUCCAACUUAAAAGCAAAUUCAGAAUCAAGGGGAGGAAGAAAGGAAACAAGGAUCAAUCUUGAGAACGAGGAGUAGCGAUAAGCGACGAAACAAAAGGAAGCGAAUAAAAGGAAUAAGUGUACAGAAACGGGACUUUAAGGGGAAGGGAAAACAAGAAACGACAAAAACGAAACAAGGAGAUCGAAAAUCAAACGAUAAACAAAACCACAUACAUCACCUCCCGUAACAAAACAAUCACUGUAACGACACACAAUAAAACAAUCACAAAACACUUAGGUAUAUGGUUGCACUAAAGCCGGCACGAACUAACUGAUACACGAAAAACAUUGUGAAACUGCGCGGACAAAGGAGACUUAAUAAACAAUUCGAUAGUCGAGCCGGGUGUCGAACAGCACGGGCGCGGCCAUUUUGAAAAACGGUCAUUGUGGACAGUGGGUCGUCUCGCGAUCAGAGCGCCAGAGAAGCGACACUACGGGUAUCGACCCGACCGAGAUUUAUCGAUAGAUGUGACGAAUGCGUAAUUCGUCACCAGAGUGCGCUAAGAACCGCGAAUUUGCGAAUUUCGUACUUUAGCAUUUCAUACGGAUUUGAUAAUUUGAUCAUUGAAAUAUUAACAAAUGAGAGGAACGUGACGGACUUGGGUGACUAAUAUAUAAGUAUAGCAUAAACAAUAACCGCUAGUCGAUAAGAAAUACGAACGUAUUGACUAACUCAUUCUUAUAGUUUACAUUAUAAUAAUCUCCAUACGUUGAAAUGUAUCGGAAUAAGGCUUUCUUUGAUUUCUUAUAUAAAUAGUUCUAGUAUUCCAAUACGAUGCUUUUACCCACUUUCAUCUUAUAAACAUUAGGCUAGGACAUAUCCUUCGUCACUCUUAUGCUAAGGACCUAGAAUAAUAAGGGCAUUGUGUGGUUGCGAAGCGAGCGUGUGAAACCGAAGCGUGGGUCGCGAGACCCCAGAAUUCGAAUGAGUGGGAGAAUGAAGAACAACGUGAUUGGUCCGCGUAUGAGCGGAGCGUACGGAGUCUGCGCGUGAGAAUCAAAAGAUUUGUGAGACUAAAAGUCGAACGGAAUAGAAUUAAGGGAGAACAUUGUUGUCAGCCGAAGAGUCAAGAUCCAUAUUUUCGUCAAUAUAUUCAUAAAACAUUUAAAUCUUUGUCUUGAGUUAUUGAAGAGAAAUUCGCAAGGCGAGUUUCAACUCCUUAUCAAUCGAACCCACCCAAAACUAAAUCAUUCGAAAUAAUAGUUACUAUAAUUCCCGCUCAGAGCGUUACAAAGAAACAACACCAACGCCAUCGGGUGAACAUUACACGAAACCACACACAAAUCACAUACAUCCCGCUAGAUUAAGAUUACAGAGGGAACUUUAAACCAAUUCAUUGUAUACAACUAGAUUUAGGAAUAAAAGUACUGUUAUUAUUUUCUCAGCA